CCACCACCAACAUCACCAUAAAGACGACGACCAACCGCCGCCACCACCACCGCCAAGACAACACUACCAACAACAACAACAAGAUACGCUAUCCAGAGUGAAGGAUGUAUUAAGGAUGCAGAGACGCUAUUUCCUACGUUACGUGAAUCAUAUUUAAAUUUAACGUUUGAAUUUUUUUUUAAUACGUAGCACUGCCCCUUGGUGGGAUCGAAAACACUGAAGUUCAAAAUGGAGUCGCACUUGAAGAAGGCGAUGUCUCCGAAGGAAACUACGCAAAGGCGAAAUCCGGAUACCGACAUACUGCGACGCUAUAUCCUCUACCAAACAUCAUGGCCACCAUUUAAAUGUCAACACGAUCUGAAACUAUCAAGCUGUCCCACAGAUAUAAAUGUAUAUCGUCAAUAUGAAACAUGGAGGAAAAAAUACAUAGAGCUGAAUUACAAUUCAAACGCGGAAAGAGCGAUAACAGUUUCGAGCAGAACUGGGAGUCAGAAAGGGACCAGCCAAAGAUCAAGCAACACUACAGCCUCAUCAAGACGGAAUUGUGAAAGUGAAGAUGUGACCGAUGAGAAAAACUACAUGACAGAGCCAGGCAAAUGGACCCCAAGUCGUUUCCUUUAUAGUGCAAAAUAUGGAAACCUUUACCAACUCAACAAAAACACGCGCACUGGCAAAGGAAGCUCCCGAAAGAAGUCCGUUUGGCUUUGGGAAGCCGAAUAUUCGGAAUGGUUACAGAAAAACACCACUAAAAGUGACAAGAAAACCAAUUCUAAACAAUUAAGAACGACUGCACCUUCGCGCAAACGAACCUCUAGAAAGAAAAAAACAGAGUCAUACUGUCCACAUGCGGAUAUUUAUGCAACUUAUUUUGAACGAAAUCUGAUAAAGCAGAGACGAAAGCAGGCUGUUACAAUUGUGCAGAAGUUUGUAAGAGGAUGGUUUGUAAGAGCCAGCAUUAAACGACUAAUUAGAAAGAGUAAUGUUAAACUGAAUCAAUCAUGGCCACACCUCAUGCAAGAAUAUAAAGAUUUACUAAGAAGAGUUAAGGGACGUUACGACCAGCCUGAAACCAGCUACAACAUCUCCCUCAAAGAUAUCGAAGAUUACGUUGAUAAAAAGCAAAUUUACCAUGCUGCAUUCGAUGAAGUGUCUUGUGGAGAAGACAAACUUUCUUUUGACCAACUGAAGACAUUUUUCUGGAAGUGUAAACUGUAUCCUACACCGGGAGAAAUUAAGAGAGCGCUGAAAAAAGUCCAUCGAAGUUGCCAGAACAGAAUCGAUUUGAUAAUUUUACUAGAAAAUUCCAAUGAAAUUCCCGAAGACCUUUUCAUGGUUUCUAAAACUUUAUGUGAAUUAUUGGUCGGAUCGAUGGCCGAACAUCCUUAUCAGAACAGAAUCGGUUUUGCCACAUUUACAGGAAAUGUCCAGUUCCAUUGUCGUUUGCAAGAUAAACUGCGAAAAGUGAAUAUCUUGGAAAAGAUUGGAUGUGUGAUGCCAGAAAGUGGUCCAUCAAGAAUUAGUGAAGCACUGAUUGCUGUACAGAAUACGAUGAGGAUACACACCCGACCUUGGUGUCAAAAAGCGUGUGUAUUACUGACCGGUGGCCAAGCCUUGCACCGUAGGAGAGUUCAUUUGGAGUCAGCGAAUCUUAGGCAUGAGGGGACAGAUAUAUACCUUAUAGGAAUUGGUGAACACGUGAGAACAGAAGAUAGUCAGUUAGUGGUGAAAAAUUCACUUUAUGAUUUCCGGUUGUCAGCUUACGACAGUAUCGCAGAAUUGGCUGACCUGUUGUUGGAUAUGUUUGCUAAUAAAAGCAGAAAUGAUUCAGAAGACCCCAGGAACUUAAACGUGUUUAGUAAAGUGGACAUCAUGGAAAUACUGUGGACAAUUUAUCCGCCGAAAGGAACUGGGUUAUCGGAAAUGAAGAAGUCACGCUGGAUAAGACCCAUAGUUGAAGGAGAUGAAGCUUGGUCUUUACUAAGUGAAGACAUUAUGAAGAAAACUGACUUAAAAGCUUGUCUUCGAUUGGUUGUCAGUUCGACAAUAGAACGCGAAGGUUUUAUUGAAGUACUGUAUGAAAACCCUUUUGCGAUCAAAAAAGUGACUGACAUUGAGACUGCUCUGGAAGAAAUAGAGAGCUACAUUCGGAAAAAGAAGCGCAAAGACAACAAAAUAUGGCUGCCAGAAUUAAGCGACUAUCACACGUGACUUCUGUGUUGUCUGCCAGAUCCUAAAAACCAGUUUGGACAACAUUUCUCAUCGAUUGCAAGAAUCAUUCGUAUAUUGCAAUGUUUGAUUACUUUUAAUUAUAUUUAAUCGUCUAUGGGUGCCAAAAUAUUAUUGCUCAAUUUUUUUUUCUAAUAAGAAAACUAUAUAUGCACUAAAAUAUAUUUUAAUACAGAAAAGAGCAAAUUGUUGAAAUUAAAGAAGCUAAGAUGAAUAAAAUGAUUCCAUUCAGUUGCUGUUGUCGUCGUCGUUGUCGCUGUAAUAGUUUAACCCAUGGUCGACACUGAUUGGGAAGUUCUAUGAUCUAAUCUUUCAGCUGUGAUCAUUACACC